CCGAAGUGAAAACAUCUAAUUCCGAAAAUUUUAAUCCUUCUUUGUUUUUUGUUUUUUGUAGUAAAUUUUCUUCCCAUUUUUUGUUAAAAAUGCAUUUUUACAUUUCGAAAUUUUUGUCCCUGGUAUGUUUUUCAUUCCUGUAUGUGAUAUUACUCGUAGCGCGUUUCGUCUCGGAUUGGCGUAAGGUGCCGCGCCCGGUACCGGUACUUGUACCGGUACCCGAACCGGUACCCGUACCCAUGGAGGUCCAACCGGAACCGGAACCGGAAACGGAUCGUCUUGAGGAUGAUGAUGGACGCGAUGAGGCCAAUUCUCCUGGACGCAAUUCUCCUCCGGCCCCACGUGCUCGUCGUCCAAUUGGAGGUCGCAAUAGGGCACAGGCCAGGGAAGAUGCUGAGCAGUAAAAUUAGCAGGAUUUAGCAAUCCUGCCUCGUUAUUGUUUAUUGUUUUUUUGUUCCAUAUGCUUGAAAGCGAAAUUGCAGCCAAUGGUGAAAUGCGAAUACACUGGAAACAAAAAUAACAAGAUUUAAGCUACAUGAUCACAUCAGCAGAUCCAUCCAACGAACGCUUAAUUCAAGUUGAAGGCUUCGGCUUCGGCUGCGGCUACGACUUUGACUGCGUCUCCGGCUAAACAAACGCACCUUGGCUGCCAAUUUCGCUGUUUAAUUUUUGGUUUUUCGUUCGUGUUUUAUCAAGUUUUUGUUGUCUCUGGUGUGCGUAUUUACCUACCUUGCACAGCGAGCAGCUUUUCGACACCCACAGUGCCGGUGGCGGUGGAGGAGCAGGAGGAGUACACACGUGGGUCGACGCCGCCGCUGCUGCUGCUCUUGGUGAAAGUUCAAGGCCGGCGCAAAGAAGCUCAAGCCCCGCGGGCUUUUACCUCGCCAUCCAUCUGGCGUAAAUUGUAAAUUUUAUGUGUUCAAUUGUUGCCCCGAGCUGGUGAUCACUGAUCAGUGACUUUGCCUUCUAAGGAGGCAACCUAUCCUACGCCAGGUGGAAGCAGGAUGUGAGGCCACCUUGAAGACGUUAGUUAAUAAGGAAUUGCCGUAGAUGGAGUCACGUUUAUCUAAAGGCACAUUUAUAUGUUUUCAUGUGUAUAACUUUUUAAGGGGACAUAGAAUACAAGAAAAAGUGUGCGGUA